AUGGCCAGAACAGCACCCAUAAUGCCCUUCCUGCGGCCAUUGAGCUUGCCUCGUCCAGCAACCGUGCGACAUUUCCUCCGCUUCUCCACCAGCACGUCAUGUCGAGAAGCAGCAGCAGCGGCAGAACCAUCUGCACAAACGGCCGUCCGAGAAGACCCCAAUCUUGUAGCCUCUCGGACAGCAGAUGAGGCUUACCCUCCGCGAUCAAUGUACUCCAAUCCUCGCCCAAAAGAAUCUCGAGCCUCGCGACGAACAGCCCAUCCCACGAAAGAGCGCCAUUACCCAACCCGAAGGCCGUCGCAUCAUCAACCCGCACCUGUCAAACUCAUCCCGGACCCCGUGACGCCACUUCCAGAGACACAGAGCGCGCCAAACUUGCCAUACUUUGUAUCAAGAUCCUCAUCGAAUAAUCUGCCCAUAUAUCAUCUGCGAAAACGAGGCGGAAACUUGAAGAUGACGAGGAUCAAGAACAUCGAUGGAGACAAGAUGGCACUGAAAGGAGAGCUGUGCAAAGUGUUGAAUGUGAAGAAAGAUGAGGUUGCGAUCAAUUCAACAACGGGCCACAUCAACUUGAAGGGGCAUUUCAAGCCCCAGAUUGAGACAUUUUUGAGGGAGAGAAGGUUCUAA